AUGACAUCAAUUACGAUUUCAGACCAGUCCCUGGAAUGCCUCAAGGAUAAAGUGGUUGUGAUAUCAGGGGGCUCUUCCGGCAUUGGCCUUGCAACCGUCAAACUGCUUCUAAAUAUCGGAGCCAAAGUGGUAAAUGGUGACGUUUCACCUCCUCCGGCUGAUAUUCCCCAAGACGAAUCCUGUAUGUUCGUUCCUGUUGAUGUGACCAAAUGGAAAGAUCUCUGUCUCUUGUUUCGCGAGACAAAGGCGAAAUACGGGCGUAUUGAUCAUGCCUUUUGCAAUGCCGGAAUUGCCAACCGAGCUGAGUAUCUCGAUGACCGUGUCGAUGAAGACGGCGACCCACUGGAACCGACUCGUCUGACCUUGGAGGUAAACCUUAUGGGCGUUAUCAACAUGACAAGGUUGGCACUCUGGUACAUGAAGCAGCAAGAAGCUGGAGGUAGUAUAGUCAUUACGGCUUCAGCUUCAAGCUUCCAGACAUUUGGCCUUGUUGAUUAUGCAACCGCAAAGCAUGGUGUACUAGGUUUUAUGCGGGCCUUAAAAUCCCAUCUUCACCCAAAACUCCCCAUCAGAAUAAACUCUCUCGCACCAGGCUGGACAGAUACGGCGAUCGUGCCGCGGGCUGUUCUGGAAUCUGUUGGGUUCAAGGUCCAAUCGGCAGAUGUUGUUGCUCGCUGUGCGGCGCUUGUUAUGGCUGACGAAUCACGGCACGGCCAGCUGAUUUAUUCCGUAAACGGAGAAUGCUCCGAAAUCGAGAAGGCAAUGUUGGCGGCCAACCUCAAAAUCAUUGGCACUGUGGGAGACGUUUCGGAAGAAUCGGACAUCAAGAAAUUGGCGGCUCUAAAAGAGAAAACACAAUAA